AUGGUGAAACGAGCAUCUUCCUUUUGUCUCCUCUCAUGUGUCGUUGUCUUGUUGUUCAGUUUAGUCUCAGCAGUCCCAGAUAAUCGUCAAGAUAAUCAGAAUAAUAAAAGAAAGAUGACGACCGAAAAGAAAGAGAUGGAAGUGGUGAAAAAUCUCGACUUGGAGAGAUACAUGGGCCGCUGGUAUGAGAUUGCUUCUUUCCCUUCCAUUUUUCAGCCCAAGAACGGUGUGGACACUCGCGCCACCUACAGCCUCAACCCUGACGGCACGGUGCACGUCUUGAACGAGGUGUGGAACGGUGGCAAGAGAGCUUUCAUUGAAGGCUCGGCCUACAAGACUGAUCCUAAGAGCGACGAGGCUAAGUUCAAAGUUAAGUUUUAUGUCCCUCCUUUCCUCCCUAUCAUUCCUGUCACUGGAGAUUACUGGGUGUUGUAUAUUGAUCCUGAGUACCAGCACGCCGUCAUCGGCCAGGCUACAAGGAGUUAUCUCUGGAUACUGAGCAGGACAGCGCAUGUAGAGGAAGAGACAUACAAGGCGCUGGUGGAGAAGGCAGUGGAGGAAGGGUACGAUGUUAGCAAGCUUCACAAAACCCCUCAGAGUGACACACCACCAGAGUCCAACUAGGGGCGGACCCAGAAAAUAAUUUAAUAUGUGGCACAAUAUAUAAAUUAUAUAUUAUGUUAUAUUAAAUAUAAUUUAAUAAAAUUAAACUAAAACUA